AUAAAAGUUUUAACAACAAAAAAAAUCUAAGAGAGAUUCGAGACAAGAGUCGAAAUGAAGUUCGGGAAGGAGUUUUUGUCUCAGAUGGUGCCAGAGUGGCAACAAGCUUACAUGGAUUACGAUUCUCUCAAAAAGGAUCUGAAAAAAUGUAAGAAACACGGACACGCCAAUGCACUAACUCCUGGUGGCGCCAGGGAUCACCACGGCGGAGGAUUAAACCGGGAAAUGACUCUGGGCAGCGCAUUUAGCUGUUUACAACUCUCGACUCGGCCAAGACGAAGAGUACUCGAUAAUUCUCAUGACGUCGAGGAAGGUGUGCAAUGGACGGUGACAACUACGACGACUGGGCCGAUGCAGGUGGAGACCACAGCGGAUGGCCAGGUCCAGACGAAGUGUCAGAUGGAGUACGAAUCAGAAUUUACCGGGCGACUAAUUAAGGAAUUCGAGAAAGUCAUAAAGUUUUACGAAGAGAAAGUCGAGAAAGUGUUGGAAGAAGAAAAACAGCUUAAAGGAGAGCUGGAAGCUUUGAUCAAGGCCGAUUCUAAGCAUAAUAUAGCUUUGCGUGGUGAAGUUGAGAAUCCAGAAAAGUGUGGACGGGAAGAAAGGGAGGAAGAGAUCACUCCACUGAAUUCUGGUAUUGCUACUUCCACGGCGGCUAUCUCUCCUCCUAGUCCCGUCGGAGCUAAAUCCAUGAGAGUUCCAAGUCAAGCUCAUAGAGCCAUAGUAGAGGAAGGAGAGUCGAGCAGAGCUGGUCACUCAGAAGAUAGAGCCAUAGAAUCGGUCCAUGAAAUGGAUUCGAGCACGGUGAUAGCAGCUCCUUUACAUACUACGGAGGGACUCACGAGCAACAACACCAGAGGAAAUAUCCAGGAAUCGAAUAAGACCAAGUUAAAAUUUAGCAGAAAAAAUUCUAAGAAAUUCAAUGAACUGAAGCACGAUUACAUCGAGUUAUAUCGUAAGAUAAUAGAUCUCCAAAACUACAGCUUUUCGAAUGCAAAGGCGUUCUCAAAGAUAUUGAAGAAGUAUGAUAAGAUAACUAAGAACGAUGAAAGGAAGCGUUUCAUGAAAAAGGUGGAUGAUUCAUUCCUGAAAGGCUCUGAUAAGGUCGUGCUACUCACAAAGAGUGUUGAAGAUGAAUUCAUAAAGCAUUUUGCAAAUGAUAAUCGAACCAAAGGAAUGAGCAUUUUACGGCCUAAAAGAACACGAGAGAGGCACAGACUUACAUUUUCCACUGGUUUCUCGGCUGGAUGCGUUUUCUCUCUUAUAGUAGCUCUUGUCGCGAUCAUCCGCACCCGAAAUAUCUUGCAAGAUGAUGGCCAGGAAGUAUACAUGAAUACUAUGUUCCCACUUUAUAGCUGGUUCGGUUUUGUCAUGCUGCAUAUCAUCAUGUAUGCUGCGAAUAUAUACUUGUGGAGGCGAUACAGAAUAAACUAUUCCAAAAUAUUUAAUUUCAAGCAAGGGACUGAACUUGGACACAGACAAGUCUUGCUUGUGGCUUUCAGCAUUGGCGUCUUUGCAUUGCUUUGUGUUCUUGCAAAUCUUGACAUGGAGGUGGAUCCCGAAACGAAAGACUAUCAACUAGUUACAGAACUUCUUCCUCUUUUCCUACUUAUAGGUAUAUUUGGGGUUCUAUUUCUGCCAUUCAAACUCUUUUAUCACUCGAAACGCAAAUUCUACCUUACAUGUAUGUUUCAUUGCAUCGCCGCUCCUUUUUAUAAGGUAUCGUUUGCUGAUAGCUUCUUGGGCGAUCAAUUUACUAGCCAGGUUCAAGCUUUGCGAAGCUUCGAGUUCUACAUAUGUUACUAUGGUUGGGGAGACUUCAAACACAGAAAGAACACUUGUACCAAGUCUCAUGCGUACAACGGUUUCUUCUUCAUAGUUGCUGUCAUCCCUUUCGUCUCUCGCCUCCUUCAGUGCAUGCGACGGCUGGUCGAUGAUAAAAGUAAAAAAAAGGAUCACAGGUGGAACGGAGUUAAGUACUUCUUGACUAUAGUGGCGGUUUGCUUUAGAACUGCUUGCAGUAUCCAGCCAAGUCAAAUAGCUUGGAGAGUUUUAGCCAUUAUCUUCUCAGUUGUAGCUGCAAUCUUCGGUACUUAUUGGGACUUUGUCCAUGAUUGGGGUCUUCUUAAGUGGACACCCGAAAACCGCUGGCUCCGGGACGAACUCCUCAUUCCACAGAAGGAAGUAUACUUCAUUGCGAUGAUUUUGAAUGUACUGCUGAGAUUUGCAUGGAUCCAAACGGUUCUGGAUUUCAACCUCCCCUUCAGGCAUAGUACACAGACGAUGGUUGCUGUUGUUGCUAGUCUUGAGAUAAUUCGCCGUGGUAUAUGGAAUUUCUUCAGAUUAGAGAACGAGCAUUUGAACAAUGUCCGUAAAGAAUCAUCAACAAUCCACGGUGGAGAUAAAAAACGCUUAAUAGCUUAAGAAGAUCGUGAAUGUACUCUUUGGAAAAAUCAAACAGUUUACACUGUCUUAUCUUUUUUUAUUCUUGUGUGUUUUGGGAGCUAUUAUAAAAUUUCAUUUUCAACAUUUUAGGGGUUAUAUAGUUCAUAUAUAUUAUUAUUUUGAAGAAAACAAUUGGGAGGAAUUCAAGAACAAUGUUUCAUUUAGCUCUAUGUCCAAGCAUGAACACCUGUCCUGGUAGAAGCACAAGGUUCAAACUCGUCUUUUCAGUUUAGAUGACUCUAGCUUGGCCAUUUACUCUGUUAAAUAAUAAUGAACCAUCUAUACUAUAUUAAAA